AUGGAUAAUUCACCAUCUGCUUCAUGCUUCACUAACUUCAUUGAACACAGCUCUCAAGAAGAAACGAUAUCUAAACAGGUGGAGUUUAAUAAUGAGACCCUUAUUAUUGGUGAAGAUCGCGUUAUUCAAAGUUUAAAAAAAUUAAAAGAAAAGUUGUUAGAUGUGUUUUGCAAAAUAUCAACUAUUUCAGAACUAAGAUAUGAAUUAAUCCAUAAUGGUCAUGCUUUAGAAUAA